AUGGGAAUGGAAAAAACAGUUUUAGGUUUAGACGAUUUCUCAAAUUGGAAGAAUCAUAUGAAGCUAUAUAGUCCUUGUAAGAAAACAAUUCGCUUUUGUCGAUCCUGUCAAGAGGUCAUACUCCUUGAAAGAUAUUUGAUGCCAUUAAAAGUGUUGUAA